CUCACGUUUUGCCGUGAACCGCCACGCUUUGAACCACCCUGUGGCCCUCGAAUCGGAGUGUUCCUGGUCACAGGACCGAUGGGUGACAGAUGGCGCCUCACCGACGAUAAGGCACCCGACAGGCGUUUCUGUUGUGGACCGCCAAGAAUCCUUGUGUAUAGACGCUCGGUACCGCCUUCGUGCACCGCCAUCGGGUUGUUAUCGCGUUUCGUUUGUGAACGGCUUAAGUACCGCCGUAAAGAAACGUCCACCCACCCGAUUUACCUACCAACCCUUUUCCAGGCAAGCAAAAGCAUAUAGUUCAAAGAGGGGGUAAAAUGUCGAGUCCGCGCAAGCACGUCGUCUUCGACGUCGUCGGCACCUGCAUAUCCUACGACGGCGUGUACGAGGCCCUGGACGAGCGGCUGGGCGACAAGCUCCGCGCCGAGGGCAUCAAGCCCAAGCUGUUGGGCUACGCGUGGAUGGAGGCGGCGGAGCGCGAGUACACGUACCUCAGCAUCUCGGGCCGGUACCGGCGCUUCGACGACGUGUUCCGCUCGCUCUUCUACCGGGUCCUGUGGUUCGCGGGCGUGGCCGAGCCGCGCGCGUUCGCGGCCGACGCGGACCUCGAGCACGUGCUCGCGCGCUACCUCGAGCUGCGGGCGCGGCCCGGGGUGGCCGAGUGCUUUGACGCCCUGCGCGCCGCCGGCUUCACCGUCUGGGCCUUCACGACGGGCGCGGCCGAGCGCGUGAGGGGGUACUUUGUCCGCAACGGCAUCGACAUGCCGCUCGAGAACUUCCGGUCCUGCGACCAGCUCAAGGUCGGCAAGCCCGCCCCCGAGGCGUACAGGCACCUGCUGGACGGGUUCGCUGGCGAGGAGGCGUGGUUCGCGGCCGCGCACAUGUGGGAUGUGUCGGCUGCCAAGACCAUGGGAUUCAAGGGGGCGUACUGCACCAUCAUGGAAAAGGAGCCCUGCACAGAUAUCUUUGGAGAAAUGGACGUGAUGACGGACAACUUCCCCGAGCUGGCCCGCAAGAUCAUCGAACAAUCUGAAAAGAGCGCGUAGUAGGAUUCUGUAUAAUAGAUACGGAUGGGAGUAACGAAUGACGGGCGUUGCUUCCAUGCUUACACCCCCAUUGCCCGGUGUCACCAAACACCAGAUCCCAUUUUAUGUGCCUAUCCUCCCGCGUAGACUAUCGCAACGUGUUCCCCAG